AUGGCGGACAAUGGCGGACAAAGCCAACCGCUGGAGGCUGGUCUCCACCAGGAUGGCAACCAAGCCUGCGCGAGUCAUGCAGGCGAUAGUCAUGACCAGGAAGUUGAUCAGCUCUCUCCAUCCAGUUCUACGAACCCCCCGGCUGUGGCACAGCCCAACUCGUGUGUCUUCGGUGCUGUUUGCUUGAUGCAAAAGGAGGCAAACGCUGUUCUGAAGGUAUGCAAAAUAUGCAGGUUGUGCUUUCACCUUGUCUGUGCAUGGGAGUUAGCUGGCUCGGAUCGCAAUGAUGAAUGUGGAAAGCAUGCACCUCGUUCACGCAGAAAGAGGGUCAAAGACAAGAAUGCGCUUCUGAGAAUAUUUGACGACCCUGAGGCUUGUAGCAUUUCGGCUUCAGAUGACCCCAACAUCCAAGCAUUUCUUGAUCUGGAAUUCAACACGGUGAGCCGAAGCACUCAAGAGACGUAUGCUUAUCGAAUUAUGGGUAUGAUCGAGUUCUUCCAGAAGGAUCCAAGAUAUCACGCAGCACUCAACCCAGGUCGCACGAACCUGAAGCUCCCAUUGCCAUUGGACUUGCUCCAGGCUUUCUUUGGUUGGCUGUGUGAGCACGACGGAAUGAGGACAGCAGGGUCCAAGAGGAAGGCAGCAUCGGCAGUAAGUGCGGACGGCGAAGAAGAAGAAGAAAAUGCAGAUACCCCAGACGUGGCAGGUCACGAGCGUCAGGCAGAGGUAGCCAACAUUUUGCAAGUAUCAAGCAGAGACAAAGCAACCGUAGCUGUGUCCACCGUGCAGGGUUACAAAAGUGCGUUGAAAUAUCUGUACAGACGCAGGAAUGUUAUGUUUACGGCAAUUGGGUUGAAAACUGGCGGAAGAUCAUUGGAUGACAUACUGGAUGGUUAUAUCAAUUCCUAUACCAAAGAAGUUACCCGGAAGAAGGGCGACGGUGUGAUGCAGGCCCACGAGGGCAAGACAACUCUAUCCAUGCCAGAAGGAAGUUCAGAGUCCGGCAGUUCAUGGAUUUUCUCUUGGGCAUGCUGUUCUGUCAUGUGGAACCUGGAUCAGACCAAAAGCAAAGGUUUUGCACGUUAUUGCAAAGAGGGAUUCGACAAGCUGCAGACCAGUAUCAUGGCAACUUGGAAGAAGCAGGGAGUCAUUCGCUGCGCAAGGGAGGAAUAUCUCAUCUCCUUGCUUUUCUGGAAGGACCAGGAGUACCAACUGUUUAUAUUCGAGCCAACUGGAGGAUAG